CGCAGUCACGACGCGUCCCCGUUCGCCGUCGAAAAAGAAACCAAAGACGUUUGAAUUUGCGACAUAAUGGUCCAGUUGUGAAUAGUAAAGUGUAUCACUGCAUGUGCAAUACAACCUCCGCGAAGAUCUGAGAAAUUUAUAUUUUAUCACGGUAUUUAUAAAUAGUGCCUCAAAAAACUCAAACACUAAGUACACCAGCCCUAAAAUUUUGCAGAUACAAAAAAUGUAAAUAACGAACUGUGACAACACCAAAAGAACAAACAUCGGUUUAAACAACGGAGUCAUAAGAUGUCAUGAAACUUCAGAUGACAUGACGCAGCCCAGCUAAAACGAGCGCUAUGGUCACUACUAAAGUGCCCACGCCAACAUGGCCGAUGAAGAGAAAAUCCCCCCAACUUUUCUUGAGAAACUUCUCUUCUACACCACAGCAAGCUUCGUUCUUCUCGCCAUAUUCAGCCUGUUUGCCUUCCUAUUCUUAGUACCGUUUGUGAUCGAGCCGGCGUUCACGACUAUAUUCAUGCAAUUUGAUCCAGUAGCAGCGUUAUGCGUCACAGCCAAUGUGAAGCAUUUGUUUGGGGUGAGUAACUGCUCGUGGGCCUCCUGCAGGGAGGGCUGCACCAAAGACCUGUACGACUGCACUCAAAUCCGAGUCAACUACAAACUUGGGUACGCUGCCAACAUCACCGCAACCGAAUACGAAAAUUUGAUCAGAGUUGAACGGGCACUGAGAAAGGACUACGAGUACGAGAACUACGAGACUGCUGCUGACAAAAACUAUCCAGAUAUGGCUGAGGAACAAGACCUGGCUGACGUUCCACCUACAGGUCUCCAAGGAAACGAUUCAGAGUGGUACUUCACAGGGGCACGCCUGUUCCCCAACGUAAAAGGAUGUGGUUACCCACCAAUUUUGAACUGCACCAUAUUCUAUGGAAAAUACCGACCAAUAGGCACCAACUACACGUGCUACUAUAGCAGAGUAGACCCAGGACUGGUGAUCACUGAACUGGAUAUGUGGCAGAAUACUUUGAAUUUGGUGUAUGCUAUGGCUAUACCAAUACCUUCGUUCUUUAUUUCGGUGAUAUACUUAACUUUUGCAUACUUUAAGAUCUAUAAUACUGAGGAGGAAUCUGAGCAAGCUCCUCUUAAGAAUGAUGCAGAGGCGAUGGCUACUGGUGAUGACGAGAAGCCAACGACUCCUGGAUCUGACACGUUCAGGGAAGACCUGGCUUGCUUCGGGCACCAGCUGAAGAUGCAGCUAGCCAAUGAGAAGCCGAAAGAAGGCUUCGAGUCCAACAGUCCACCUAUCUCCAACUCGGCAUCACUGUCUGGGACCAAGUCAUCAUUCGUGAACGCCUAAUGUGAAAAACGACAUUAUUUACACAGAGAUGACAGGGAUCCUGAAGAUUCGGAUUUGGUUAUAAAGUGCAUCACGAAUCAAGGUGAACAAUGGAAAAAUAACUUUUUGAAAGAUAAUGUGUGCUCUCUUGUGAUUUUAUUAAAAGAAGUUGAACGCAAGUCCUACUUACACGAGAAAAGUGAAUAAUUCAUGAAUAUUAGCAAAAAAGUUCGUUAAGACGGAAAAUUGGCGAAAGAGAAUUUUUAUAAAGCGUUGUGAAAUUAUAAAAUAUAAUAUUGAGAAAACAAUUUCUGGCAAUAAUUUCUGAUUAUAUCUGAUACAAACGAUUUGCCGUUAAGUAAGUCUUGAAUUUAAUCCUUUGCAUUGGGAGUUAUUUUUAAGCUACUAUUUUUUAAAAUGUGUUUUUUUUUUAGUAAGUAAGAAAGGAAAACCCAUUUAAACACAAACUUAAGUUAAUUAAGUUAAUUAAAUUCGCUAUUAAUUGAUAUAUUGCUCAAAUCCGCGCGAUUUUUAUUUCAGAAAUUAUUGCGAAGAAAUCCAGUUGAUAUUAGAUAAUAAAGAAUUUUAUCUCCUAUAGUGAAUAAAGAAAUGAAUAAGAUUUUAAUACGCUCGUAUGCUAAAAGUGUCAAAUGCACGCGUGCUGUUAAUAUAUACAUGAAUAUAUUGUAUAUUACGACUUAUCAUAAAGCUGUUUACAAAAAAAAAUGUUAAUUUUGAAAAGCAAUAGUUAGAAGUUCAUUGAAAAUUAUGAGGAGACAGUUAUUAUAUUAAAAAUAAAAUUAUUAGUACAUCGACUACAUUAUAGUACCUAAUAAUCCCAUGUCAAUAAUCACGAUAUCAUUUUAAUUCUAAGUAAUAAUUUUAAUCAGUUUAUAGGGAUUUAGGAAUUUAAUUUUCUUAGAAGAUUCCAUAGAUGUAUUUUUAAAUUAGUGUGGCCUCCUGGUUUUGGGUGUUUCCUAACACAAUUAAUUGUAAUGAGAGUAUUGAAGAUUUUAUUAGCCACCAGGGCGGCGCCACUGUGGCGCAAUAUUAAUUUUUAUUGUCCUUGGUCAUUAUGGAAAUUAUUGAUUUGUGAAACUAGAAGUAAGGCUUUAGCCUGUUCUUUGUGAAACUUUUUUAAAAGGCAGACCAAGGCAACAAAGAGAAGAGAUUUAUUUGGUAUGUUAAAAAUUUUAUUGGCCCCAUAGAAAUCGAACGGCGUGAGAUGGUUAGUAAUUCGUUUGAAAUCUAACAGCUCGUAUAAUGAAUGCGUGGAAUGGAAACGUUUAAAAUAAUCCUAGCCAUCGCUGUAGGCGAUAUCGAUUCUUCCGUCCCAUACCAAUUCUAUUUAAAAAUUCAUUAAUAUUAUUGUCCAAGUCGAACCGAACCGUGUAUCGCAACAGAAAUAGAAAUCAUUACCUAAUCGAUAUCUCACGUACGUCCCUAACCAUUUUGGAAGUCGAUUGAUGUAAUUUUUAUAUAAGAAUUUAAUUCUUGUAUAAGACUUGUAAUGUGCGUAAAAUUUUGUGAUAUAAAAACGUCGACUCGAUAUGCUUGUGUGUGUGGAGGAUUUUUGUUUUACAUUUAAAAAUAUAAAAAGGCUUGUGAAUUACUAUCGUAAUGCUUAAAUUAACCCAACGAGACAUUUUAACUCGUUUUUUUUAUAAUUUCAAAUUUUUGUGCUGUAUUCUGGGACCAUUUUUCUGGAAGGUUCCAACUUCUGUAAAUAACAAUCACUGUUUAUUGUUUAAUUAAUUUGAAAUGUACGUACGCUAUUGAAAAAUGAAUAAUUAUUGUUGGAUUCUAAUUCGAAGAGUAUAUGAGAAUGCGAAAAAUUAAUAAAUUAUUUAUUAUCCACUUAGACUGGAAAUGUUAAGAUCUAGUUAGAUAUCGCUAAAACCUACGCACAUGUUUAGAAUUAAUAUUCGAAGAUUAAAGUACUUACAUAAUUUAAGAAAAAGUCGUUCCACAUCCAUAAAUAGAGGUUGAAGUUUAAGUUUUGGGUUUUAUUUGGUCGCCUAUUAUUUAUCUAGCUAAGAGGAAAGUAACCAGAUUGGUUAAAUAAUGUGCGCUCAGAUAUUAACCACCCAAUCAUCGCUGGAUCUUAUUACUUUUAACCAAUUAAGAUUAUUGAUCUCAUGUCAAACACUUUAUUAAAUUAUUAAAAGGAGUAAGCAAUAUUGUUUACAUUACAUUUUUACGCAUUUGUAUAUUUUAAUUCAGUGGAAAAUUCUUUAGUUUAUAAAUGACGAGUAGUACUUAACGUUUUCAUGCCCUACAAAUUUAAUAUUAUUAUUUUUACUGUGCCUCUGUAAUGAUACCUCAAGUACCUAACCUACCCUUAAUAUACAAAAUAUAAUUUUAUUCUUUAAAGUACGACUAAAUAAAUAAUUAAAAAUAUUACAGCUUUAGAAAUAAGUGAAAAGCAAUUUAUAAAAUAUCAUUGUAAUUUAUUGUCAAAUUAUUUUAGAAUAUAAAUGUUAUAAAUUAUUUUAUUUUCCCUAUUGACGUCUGAAUUUGGUUGUGUAUGUUUAAUGUUUAGAAAUUUUAGUGUAAAGAUGUAAUUAUUAUUAUGCCCAAAGUUGCAGUUAAUAUGUUAAGGAUAGAAUGCUUUAUGUGAUGAAACCACUAUAUUAAAAUUUAAUGUAAUUCACUUUGCUUAUGCAUAUUGAUGAAUAUCAAACGCAACAAAACAAAAAGAAACCAUGAAAAAAGUAUUAUGUAAAAGGAAAAAUAAAGUUCACGCUUAUGUACAAAAAUCUAAAUUUUGUUUAUUUGCGUUUGUUGUUCAUCAAUGAAAAUAUUUACCUACGUUAUAUUUACAUUUUCAAUAUAAGUGUCAGCUUUAUACAUUUGAAAUCACAAUUUUUUCGUGUGAUAAUCGUGGCGUGAUGUAUAAAUUGUACGUAAAAUAUAAUUGCAAUAAUUUUCACAACGGUAUUAUACAUAAGUUUGAUGUCAGAGUAUUAUGCUUAUAGAAUUUUUAUUUAAAUGUUGUAAUUACAUUAAAGAGUUUGAAGAAUAUCAGAGUUGAUGAGAGAAAUGACAAGCAUUUUUGUCAAAUUUGUUAACAUUUUGAAAAUCUGUCACCAAAAUGUAACACCUGUAUGUAUAAAUGUAACAAAAACUGAAAUUAAAAUUCAAUCAUGCUUGUCAUUUAAAAUAUAUUUAUUUGGACUGAAAUGACUGCUAACUUAAAGCUUUUUGGCUUGUGAUUGUAUGUGUUGAAUGUAUAUAAAAUAUAUAAAUGAGCAAAAUUAUAUGUAUUUGACAGUUAGGUAUUUUGUAAACGUUGGAACAUACAACAUUGUUCGAGCUGAAAAUAAAAUUAUCUUACAGACAUCAAAUGCGAGACUUGACAUCAUGAUAAUAUUCAAAACAAAAAAUUGAUGUUUUGUGUAGAUGAAAGUCUAGCUAACUAACUUCGCACUGAAUUUAAUCUGAAAUCUAAGUAAAUCAGUCUGAGGUAGCAGUAGUAGGCAUAAUAUUUGUAUGAGCAAUUGCACUCUGUGAAAACUCUUAUUAAAUUAUCCAAUCCAGAUUUACGCCCGUAUUCACAAGCAAUGCUUGCUUAUGUGAAGCAGCAAAUCGAUCGCACAGCGUUGAAUAGAGUUCUGUGAUUGGUCCGUGUGUCACCCUGUGCGUCCACUCGCACUGUUCAACCUCAUAGUAAUGUUUGUGAAUACGGGCGUGAAUUUAGUGCGUAAUCGCUCUUAAGAUUAUCAUGCUUUCACUGUUACAGUUGUUUCAUGAGCAUUUCACUGAAACCAGAAAUUGAUGAAGAGAUCCGAAGACACGGAAAUAUCCUUAGUUAGGACCUAUGUUGUAUGUUCAAUCAUUUUACAUGUACUUACCUAAGCUAUAAUUUUCAUCCACUUAGAAGUACCUACUUAAGUAAAUCAACUCCAUAUUUGUUUCAAAUUACUAGGGAUAUGACUCGUAAAAGGUGUAGAGGUAAGAGCAAAAACUAUUAGUAGUAAAUCGCGUAAAAGACGGUUAUACACGAGCGGGUUAUGAAAGAAAGAUAAAUUCUUAAUUAUAGGAUUUUCUUUAUUACCACCACAGUCAAUAUGUAGAGUCAAAAUUAUAUCUUGAAAAUAAAAGACAAGGAGAUAUUGACUCAUUGUAUUACAGGCUUUACUACAAGCAUUAAUGCAUGAUAAAUUAAUGUAAAGAUAAACAACUGUAAAAGGCAGAUGGAAAAAAUGGUAGUUUCUUAAUGUCCCCAUUGGCGCCCAAACGAUGCAUCAUCUUAGAAAAAAGUGGAAGGUUCUUAGAGGUUACGAAAGUCACACCACCACCAGUGGGUCUAGACAAAGUGCAAAUUAUAAUCGCAAACCAGUCGAAAAGUGGUCGAAAAGCCCCUUUUUUGCAUGGAGUUUUGACAGAUUCGAUUUUCGAUUCGAUCAAAAAGUGCGUUUUGUCUAAGGGGGCAGGCAUUCAUAGACGUUUUUCGAUUUUGUUAGUGUUGGUGUAAUUUUUUCCACUCUUUUUUCAAAAAGUUCGUUCCAUCGUUUGGACGCAAAUAGGGCUGGCCACAUACAGAUUUUUUUAGCUAAAAGUUUUUUUAUAUAAAAGACGCUCGUGUAUAACCAGCUCAGCAAAGUGUGGAGCUAUUUCUCUUGCUAAAGCGUAAAGUUUUUAAGUCUUGGCCCUGCACUCGUGCGUACCGAAGCGUUCUAUCAUUUGGAACUGUUGCCUUAUGACCGAUUUUGUACAUAAAGUAAAUAAAAAU